AUGUCGUCUCUUGAGCCCAUUGCUAUUGUUGGAAGCGCUUGCCGCUUUCCAGGAAGCUCGGACACGCCGUCAAAGCUAUGGGAGCUUCUUCGCGAGCCUCGGGAUCUUCUUCGAAAGGUCGAAGCGGGCCGUCGCUUUGACCCCAUGGCCUUUUACAAUAGCGACCCCGAGCACCAUGGAACCACCAACGUCAAGGCUUCAUAUUUUCUCGAUGAAGAUCCGGCAGAAUUCGACAAUGGCUUCUUCAACAUUCAGCCGGCCGAGAGCGAGGCUAUUGAUCCCCAGCAGAGGAUGCUAAUGGAGACCGUCUAUGACUCUCUCUGUGCGGCUGGCCAGACCAUUGAUGGAUUGCGUGGAUCCUCAACCGCAGUCAUUGUUGGCCUCAUGGGUGAUGACUGGAGUGGUGUGCUUUACAAGGAUUGGGAAAACCUUCCACAGUAUAGUGCGACUGGCAUGGGUCGUAGCAUCAUGUCCAACCGUGUUUCUUAUUUUUUCGAUUGGCAUGGUCCAUCCAUUACCCUCGACACGGCUUGUUCAUCAAGCUUAGUUGCUGUCCAUCUGGCUAUCCAAGCCUUGCGCAAUGGAGAGUCUAAAGUGGCCGUCGCUGCGGGAGCUAAUCUUCUUCUCAGCCCUGCCAUGUAUAUUGCCGAAAGCAACCUGCACAUGCUGUCCCCCACUGGGAGAAGCAGGAUGUGGGAUAGAGACGUUGACGGGUACGCUCGGGGAGAGGGUAUUGCCGCCGUCGUGCUGAAACCCCUUACCGCCGCCCUCAAAGACGGCGAUCACAUUGAAUGCAUUAUCCGCGCUACAGGAGUGAACCAGGAUGGAAAGACGCCGGGAUUGACCAUGCCCAGCGCGGCAGCACAAGCUGCGCUCAUCCGCGAAACUUAUGCUCGAGCAGGUCUCGAUCUUGACAAUCCCGAAGAUCGUCCGCAGUUCUUUCAUGCCCAUGGCACUGGAACACCAGCUGGUGACCCGCAAGAAGCAGAGGCCAUAUCUCGAGCUUUCUACCCCAAUGGAGCCUCGGACACUGAUAAAUUGUACGUGGGCUCCAUCAAGACCAUUAUUGGACAUACGGAAGGCACCGCGGGACUGGCUAGUCUCUUGGGCUCGUCACUGGCUCUUCAACAUAAUGUCAUCCCGCCAAACAUGCACUUCAACAACCUUAACCCUAGGAUCGAGCCAUUUUACAGGGGUUUGGAAGUCCCUACCUCAGCAAAACCUUGGCCCAAGCUUCUUCCAGGCCAACCGCGAAGGGCGAGUAUCAACAGCUUUGGAUUCGGCGGCACGAAUGCGCACGCCAUCAUCGAGGCCUACGAACCAUCCACGGCGGCGCCUUCGGCUGGCCCAACAUUCACCCCCUUGACCAUCUCCGCCGCCAGCGAGAAAUCCCUUCGUGCUCUGCUGUCGUCUUACUCUGACUACGUGAAAGCUAAUCCCCAAACUAGCCUGCGGGAUUUUGCCUACACCGUACAGGAGAGGCGCUCCACCCUGGCCUACCGCGCCGCCAUUGCCGCAUCUACGAGGGAGGAAGCAUUGCAAAAGAUUGAGGCUCUCCUCGGUAGCGUCGACGCUCCCGAGCUCACUACCAAACAUUUUGGCAUGUCGUCGCCGCGCAUCCUGGGCGUAUUCACGGGACAGGGUGCGCAAUGGCCACGCAUGGGCGCAAAGCUAGUUGAGGCAUCGCCGCUAGUGUCGAAGCGGCUGGAUGAGCUGGACACGGCUCUGGUCUCGUUGCCAGACAGUGAUCGGCCAGACUGGACCCUGCGGGGGCAACUACUCGCGGGUACAGCGAAGUCCAGGAUUACCGAGGCGGCCCUGUCACAGCCGCUCUGUACAGCCGUACAGAUCCUGCUCGUAGAUCUGCUCCAGUUGGCGGGUAUUCGACUCCACGCUGUUGUUGGUCAUUCUUCCGGUGAGAUUGGAGCAGCGUACGCUGCUGGAUUGCUCUCGGCGAGCAGAGCCAUACGGAUUGCUUACUACCGCGGCCUUUAUGCCAAGCUUGCAAAGUCACCUAACGGCUCCAAGGGUGCCAUGAUGGCUGUGGGCACAUCAUUCGAGGACGCAGCUGACUUUUGCCAACUGGAAAGCUUCGAGGGAAGACUUCAGGUCGCGGCGCGCAAUUCUUCGUCCAGCAUCACGCUUUCUGGGGACGAAGCCGCCGUGGCCGAAGCCAUUGAAAUUUUCAAGGACGAGGGUAAAUUUGCUCGUCAGCUCAAGGUGGACACUGCUUACCAUUCGGCACACAUGCUGCCCUGUUCGGCACCCUAUCUCGCUUCUAUGGAAGCCAUGGACGAUGGACCUGUAACCAACACUUCUGAUAGGCCGAGAUGGCAUUCAAGUGUUUUGGAGGGACAGGUCAUGUCGAAAAGCAACCUAGAUGCGCAGUAUUUUGUAGACAAUAUGACGAAUACGGUGCUCUUUGCGCCGGCUGUGACAGCUGCUACUACUCAAAGUGGGCCAUUCGACUUGGCCUUGGAAAUUGGACCCCAUCCUGCGCUCAAGGGGCCAUGCUUGGACACCUUGGAAGAGUUGACUGGAGACCGCAUUCCGUAUUCCGGAGUACUCUCUAGAGGGAAAGACGACAUCAUUGAGCUAUCGACGGUGCUUGGUUUCGUGUGGUCGUAUCUGGGAGCGGGGUCGGUCACCUUUGAGGAAUUCGAGAGAGCUGUCUCCGGGGCUCUCUCCGGGCGCCAGCUGAUACCAGAUCUCCCCAAAUAUCCAUUUGAUCACUCCAAGUCAUUCUGGACCAUGUCCCGCGUCUCUGGUGCUCAUACGACUACUGUUUAUGAGCCACCGCAUCCCAUUCUGGGUAGGCGUCAGGCUGAACGAGAAACGUCACAUGAGAUUCAAUGGCGUAAUAUCUUGCGCCCAAAGGAGAUAUCAUGGCUCAAAGGCCACAAAAUUCAGGGGCAGAUUGUUUUCCCUGCUGCAGGCUUUGUAGCCAUGGUCGUCGAAGCCAUGAAAUCCAUUGCUAUAAAGUCGAGCAUUGCCCUGGUCACCAUUGAAAACCUCUUCAUCGGUCGGGCCAUUGCUUUUGACGAUGAAAAUUCUAGUGUCGAAUCUCUGUUCAGCGUCAAGGUGGUUCACUCCGGGAAGGACAGUAUCCAGGCCAAUUUCUCCUGCUAUUCCGGUGCUCCCCAUGAACCUGGAACGUCCAUGGGCCUGAACGCUGAGGGUGUAGUUAAUGUGCUGUUGGCAGAGCCAAAGGCUGAUCAACUCCCGUUUCUCGAGACGGAAGACUGGAAUAUGACCGAAAUAGAGGUUGAUCGCUUCUACGACCAGUUCACUAGGCUCGAGUACGAAUACACCCCGCCGUUCCAUGGCAUGCGCUCAAUCAAACGCAAGAAUGGCUACGCCACGGGUACGAUCGAGGAUGAAUCAGGAUCAGACUGGGAAGACCAACUCCUGAUUCACCCAGGAAUGCUGGACACUGCACUUCAGGCCUCUUCGGCAGCUUUCAGUUGCCCUGGAGAUGGACGGAUGUGGGGCUUGUAUAUCCCGGCUGGAAUCCAGCGCAUCACCAUUAACCCAUUUUUCACGUCUCAUGGCAUCGGCAAGCAGGGGACACAUCCCUGGGAAGCUGUCGUCAGGAGCUUCAAAAAUGCUCGCAGCAUCGUCGAUAUUACCAUUUUCUCUGAAGACAAUGCCAACAAUUUCAUCCAGGUGGAGGGUCUAGAGCUGAUGCCUUUCACGGCGGCCCGACCCGAGGACGACACUGUCCAAUUCUCACGAUUCGACUACAAGAUUGAUCGACCCAAUGGUGAUCUCGCCGCGCCUGUCGAUGACGGACUCUCCGCAGAAGAUGUCGAGAAUGCCAUUAAGGCAGAACGAGUCUCGUUCUUCUAUUUGCGCCGCUUGGUCGAGACGAUCACCCCAGAGGAGAAGGCUGAUGCUUUGCCACAUUACCAGCGAUUGCUUGAUUGGGCGACUCAUUCCGUCGACCUUGUGAGGCGCGGAAAGAACCCCUAUGUUCCUUCCAGUUACCAGGCGGAUACAAAAGAGCAGAUCGACGCCAUCCUGGAGAAAUAUCGUGACCGGGUUGAUGUUCGUAUGCUAGAGUCUGUUGGGAAAAACCUCCCAGAGGUCGUGCGUACAGGUUCUAGCAUUCUAGAACAUAUGACUCAAGAUGGUCUAUUUGACUUUUACGAUGAGGGCAUGGGUCUCGAUAUUGCUAAUCGCCAUUUUGCGCGCAUGGCGGCUCAAGUUUCUCACCGCUACCCACAUAUGAAAGUGUUCGAGAUAGGUGCCGGAACAGGCGGAUCCACCAGGCACCUCCUCCCUACUCUUGGCUCCGCGUUUUCUACCUACACUUAUACGGAUAUUUCCAGCGGAUUUUUUGAGGCUGCUGAAGAUCGUUUCAGAGACUAUGCCGGCCGCAUGGUGUUCAAGUCAUUCGACAUGGAGCGGUCUCCGGCAUCUCAAGGGUUUGUUGAGGGAUCUUACGAUCUUGUCCUGGCCUCCAAUGUCUUGCACGCGACGGGCAAGCUGGAGGAAAUGAUGACGAGCGUCCGCCAGCUCUUAAAGCCUGGUGGCUACCUCAUCGCCUUGGAACUCACGAGCAACGACACUCUUCGCGUUGGUCUGCCGAUGGGAAGCUUACCCGGAUGGUGGGUCGGGGCUGAAAGUGGGCGACGUUGGGGACCAACUUUGAGUCUGCCACAAUGGGAUUCCCUGCUGCGAAAGUGUGGUUUCGGCGGUAUUGAAACAAGCACGCCCUUGUUCCAUAAACUUCACCCUUCCUCUGUCUUCGCUGCGCAGGCAGUUGACGACCGGCUCAAUCUUCUUCGGGCUCCAUUGUCGUCCGUGGCCGCUCUCCCUCCAACUGAUGCCCCGCGUCUUGUCAUUGUUGGUGGUGAGACGCUCGCAGCUCACCGCAUCGCAGAGAAACUCGAAAUCCUGCUUGCCCCAAGAUUCAAUUAUAUCGAAUGCGUCGAAUCCUUCGAGAGCCUGGACUCGGAAACGCUCCUGCAUGGAAGCACUGUCAUUUCGAUUACGGAGCUUGAUGAACCUCUUUUUAAGACAAUAACGCCCGGAAAGCUCGAAGCUCUCAAGAUGCUCUGGCGUGACGCGGGCACAGUCUUAUGGGUCACCCGGGGGGCGAGGGCAGAGGAGCCACACUCGUUCAUGACACAUGGUCUUGGGCGUGUCGUGAAAUUCGAGUACCCUAAUAUUUCUUUGCAGGUUCUCGACCUAGACAAACUGAACGACGGGACACCCCAGCUCCUCGUGGAAGAGCUGCUGCGUCUCGAGGUUCUGAAGAAAUGGGAGAAGGAAAUAGCUCCCGGCGAUGAGCUUCUCUGGUCUAUCGAGCCUGAGGUAUACAUCGAGUCCGGUGCUCGCAUCAUCCCGCGCCUCUACCAGUGCGAGCAAGCAAACGAGCGGUACAAUACCUCUCGCCGUGCAGUGGCCAAGAAAGUCAAUUCCCAGGAGACUCCGAUUCUGUUUGCCAGCGAGGGCUCGUCUUACGAGCUUCAAUACCCAUCACCUCUUCGUCUCCCCAUCUCACCGCCUGAACUCGGUUUGACGAAAGCUAUUCGCGUAUCUCAUUUCUUGCUGCAAACGCUCAAGAUCUCAUCCGUUGGUAGCUUGUUUCUCUGUGCGGGCACUGAUGAGUCUACUGGCGAGCAAUUGGUUGGCCUGUCGCAUACAGCGGAGUCACGAACAACGGUUUUGGCUGAGUGGACCACACUCCUCGCAGGUGCCGAUCCAAUCAAGGCGCUGGCGGCUGUCGCUGCUCACAUAACCGCUUCCAACAUUCUUAGGUUGGUGCCCAGCGGAAGCACCGUCGUGGUCCACGAGCCGGACGAGUUGGUUGGCUCCGCUCUGACCGAGCAGUCGCAGCAGACCUCAAUUCGUGUCGUGAUUACUACUUCCCUCAAAGACCGAGUCACUAAGGGCUGGCGCUAUAUUUCCGGAAACUUUCCGCGAAGACUUAUUGAGAAAGCCUUGCCCACUACCCUUUCGGUGUUUGUAGACUUAUCUCAGGCUGUUGGCUCGGCAGAGGUUGGUCAGCUUAUCGCUAGGUGUCUUCCUCAACCAUGCACCACGUACAGCGCCAAACACUUUUACGGCACGACGGCCGAAAUCCAUCCCGGAUCCUCGUCCAGUCAAGUCGCUCAAGUUCUUAAGGCGGCAUGGCUUGUGGGAAAUGAAAAUUGGGGCGAAGUGGGAAAUCCCUCCGUUGUCCAGCUUCAGGAUGUCCCAAAACUCUCAAUUCUCGAGGCGCCCCUUACAAUUGCUGACUGCUCUGACACCGACGUAUCCAUCCACGUUCAGGCGAUUGAUGCUGGAACCAUUUUCCGCGGCGACAAGACCUAUUUUAUGGUCGGCAUGUCAGGACAAGUCGGGCAGUCGCUAUGUCAAUGGAUGGUGGAGCAUGGCGCAAAGUAUGUGGUUCUUACUAGCCGACGGCCGAAAGUCCACCCCGAGUUCAUUCGGUCAGUUGAGGCCAUGGGAGCCACUGUCAGAAUCCUUCCUCUUGAUGUUACAAGCAAAGAAUCUUUGAUCCAGUGUUACGAGGAGAUCUCUAAGACAAUGCCUCCAAUCGCUGGCGUAGCCCAAGGAGCCAUGGUUUUGGAAGACUCUUUGUUCGACAGGAUGUCCUUUGAAGCCCUCACAAAGGUCCUCAAUCCCAAGGUCAUUGGUACGCAGCUCUUGGACGAGCUUUUCUACGAUAUCCAGUUGGACUUUUUCAUCGUCUUCUCUUCCCUGACUGGCGUCGUCGGCAACAGCGGCCAGAGCAACUACAUCGCUGCUAACAUGUUCAUGACUGCCCUCGCCGCCCAGCGCAAGAAGCGCGGCGUAGCCGGAUCCGCCAUCGCCAUCAGUUCCGUGAUGGGCAUCGGCUAUGUGGAGCGAUCUGAGGACUUCACUGGCGACUACUUUGCGAAGCUUGGGUACAGAAACAUCUCAGAGCAGGACUUGCAACAAUUGUUUGCCGAAGCCAUACUUGUAGGUCGCCCAGGUUGCCCCGAAAGUUCGGAGAUCACCACUGGACUGGAGCCCAUAUAUGCCGAUACACACGUCAAGGCACAGUUCCGCGAAGAUAUCAAGUUCAACCACUUCGUCAUGGAACGUCCGGGCACCCAAAACGUGGCCGGGAGACUGUCGGCUUUGCCUGUGCGAGUGCAGCUCGCUGAAACGAAGUCGAAGGCUGAUGCGAUCAGCAUUAUCAAAGACUCCUUUAUUGCACGACUCAAGCGCACGCUAAUGAUCUCGCAAGAUGAUACAGUCAAUGAAAAGGUGUCUCUCGUUGAACAGGGCAUCGACUCCCUAAUGGCUGUAGAGGUCCGCUCGUGGUUCUUGAAAGAGUUGGAAGUCGACAUUCCCGUGCUUAAGAUUCUUGGCGGGGCCUCUAUCACAGAUCUUCUGACCGAAGCUUUGGAACGGGUGCCAACUUCAGUCGUAGACCUGAAUUCGCUAGCAGGUGGCCCAGGGAAAGGCGCGAAGCCCGCCGAACAGACACCGAAGCCAGCCCCUUCACCUCCGCCUGCUCAGGGUCUUCCUCAAGUCCAAGUGAGCUCUGCUGAGAGUUCUUCUGAAAAUCAUAGCUCGUCGGGGGGCAGCCCCUCUCGCCCUGGAACCCCUCUUGAGACACCGAUGACUGAGAUGGAUGAGUUCAUUAACGCCGUCCCCAUCAAUGACAUUGAGAACUUAAAGAGCAAGACCCUCUCAGAAACCAGGACUCUCUUCCCAAUCAGUGAGAAGGUGGAGAUUCCCUUGAUAACGAAUUCUCCGAUGCCUGUAAAUGACACAAGUAAGGUUCAAGGAGAAAUUCCAGAUCUCAGCCAUCUCGCUGAGCAAGAAGAAUCUUGCGCCAUGUCUUAUGGCCAAACGCGGUUCUGGUUCUUAAAUGACUAUCUCGAAGACAAGACGAGUUUUAACAUGACUGUUAUGUUCAAACUCACCGGGAAGAUAAAUGUUCCCCAACUCGCGAGAGCUGUCCAAACCAUUGGCCAGCGGCAUGAAGCAUUGAGGACUCGAUACUUCUGGUCAGGUACAGGGGAGCAGCGGGCUCCCAUGCAGGGCAUUCUUCCUGAAUCGCCCCUCCGUCUGAUUCACAAGCGUCUUGGGUCAGAGGCAGAUGCAUAUGAAGAAUUGAGGAAGAUGCACAACUACAUAUGGGACCUCGGUUCCUGGGAGGCUGCAAAAAUUCAUCUCCUCACUGUCUCGGAUAACAUGCAUUUCUUGCUUGUGAGCGGUCAUCAUAUUUCUUGGGAUGGUUACAGCUUCACUGUCUUAUUUGUCGACCUCGAAGCAGCAUACACUGGAAAGCCAAUGCCGCCACUGGGUCCCGAAUGCCAAUAUCGUGCCUUUUCCAAGUGGCAGAGGGAGACAUACGAGAUGGGUGCUAUGAACAAGACGAUUGAAGAGUUUCGUGGAAUCAUUGAUCCUAACACACCGCCUGUUCCUCCCUUCCCGUUUGCAAAAUCUCAGACUAGACCUGUCCUUGACCGGUUUAUCCAGUUUGAAGCAAAGGCAACACUUCAGGCACCUCUUGUGUCGAAACUCAAGCAGCUUGCUCGGAAACAUCGUGCAACCAUGUUCCACCUCUAUCUCGCCGCUCUACAAGGCCUUGUCCUCCGGCUUCUUCCAGAAACGGACGACUUCUUCCUUGGCGUCGCAGAUGCGAAUCGUAUCGACAAAAACUUCAUGGGAAGUCUUGGCUUCUUCCUUAACCUCCUGCCUGUCCGUUUUACCAGACGUGAGAAGACGAAGAUUAGUGACCUCAUAAAGGACGCUCGCGACAAGGCAUACGGGGCGCUCAAACGUUCCCAUGUCCCAUGGAAUGUGAUCCUCAAAGAACUCAAGAUUCCACGCACAAACACGCAUGCGCCCAUUUACCAGCUCUUUGUGGACUAUCGUCAAGUCUUCCAGGACAGGUCGGUAUGGGGUGGGUGCAAGUUGAGCGACGAAUCGUGGUUGAACGCGCGGAAUGGCUACGACCUCACGCUAGGUAUUACGGAUAACCCUACCGGGGAGUCGUGGCUCUCCAUCCGUCUGACAGCCAACAUGUACACCAUGGCCGGUACAGAGCUGCUGAUGAGAUCCUACGUGAACGUACUCGAGACGUUCGCUAAGGGCGUUGACCUUGAUGCUAGUGAGUUACCGGCUUACGCUCCCAGCGACAUUGAAGCGGCCCUUCAAAUUGGGAAAGGACCACAAAUGAAACUCGAGUGGCCGGCUACCAUUUCUCACCGGAUUGACCAGAUGAUUGAGCGACACGGCUCGGAACCGGCAUUGAAGGAUGGACUUGGCAAUAAUCUCACAUACAAGCAAAUGGGAGACCGCAUCAACGUCAUCGCUGCGGCUCUCACUGCUGCUGGUGCAACCGACGGCUCGCCCAUUGGUGUAUUCCAGGAUCCAUCGUCCGACUGGAUUUGUUCCAUGCUUGCCGCGUUCAGAGUUGGAGCGACGUACAUACCUUUGGAUCUCCGCAACUCGGUCGCCCGGCUCUUCAGCAUCGUGCAAGCCGCACGGCCGACUAUCCUCCUGACCGACUGCAAUACUACAGCCAAGACGGAAACUAUCGGCGCCAGUAAUGCGGUCGAAAUCGUGGUCUCGGAUCUACCGAAUUCUACUGCGACAACUCCGCCCCCGAACAGAGCAAAGCCAGGGUCAACUGCCGUCAUUCUCUUCACAAGCGGCACCACUGGAAAGCCCAAGGGGAUUCUUCUGACCCAUGAGAAUUUGCGAGCAGAAAGUGAGGGCUUCUCCCGGUUCUGCGACAUACCAAACCUGGCAAAAGUGGUCCUGCAGCAGACCAUCUACAGCUUCGACGUCUCUUUGGACCAGAUCUUUGCCGGCCUCGCCGAUGGUGGUUGCCUCGUCAUCGUCCCGGCUGAGAAGAGAGGCGAUCCGCAAUCUAUUACCAAGCUGAUGGCGGAGCAUGGUGUGACAUACACGGUGGCUACGCCAUCCGAGUAUGAGAUGUGGUUUCGAUACGCCCGCGAGAACCUGUCCCGGUGUAAAGCAUGGCGGGCUGCUUUUGGCGGAGGCGAACAUCUCCAUCGUGGACUCAUUCAAGAGUUUGCCGACCUAGCGCUCGAGCUGCCCGGGCUAAGGUUGUUCAACAAUUACGGCCCUACAGAGGCGACGCUCGCGAUUACAAAGGGCGAAGUGAAGCACACUGAUCCGGAUCUGGAGGACCACGUCCCUGCCGGUUACAUUUUGCCAAACUACACGGUCGCUAUCCUUGACGAUCAUCUCCAACCGGUGCCUGUCGGCGUGGCUGGAGAAAUUUGCGCCGGCGGGCCUGGCAUUGCCAAUGGGUACUUGGGCUUGGAAGAGAUGACGAAAGAAAAGUUUCUCCCCGGAUCCAAGAUCCAUCCAUCUGCAGCCAAUAGUGGUGCCUGGUAUCGCACUGGAGACCGCGGUUGCCUUCGCGAGGAUGGCGCAAUUUACUGGCUCGGUCGAAUUGCAGGCGACAAUCAAGUGAAAGUUCGUGGAUUCCGUAUCGAGGUGCAAGAAGUGGAAGUAGUCCUACUCGAAACUGCCAAAGGCGCACUCUCACACGCCGUCGUUACACUGAGAGGUGAGGGAGAGCAGAAGUUCCUGGCUGCUCACGUCGUGUUCGCUCCCGAUUUCCCCCACCAUCGCCGCCAGGAGAUGGUGCAGCAUCUUGAGUCGAGGCUCCCGCUGCCUGCGUACAUGCAGCCGGCUGUCAUCGUCCCUAUUGACGACAUCCCCGUGACGAGCAACUUCAAGUUUGAUCGCAAGGCCAUCCAGGCAAUGCCUCUGCCGGAAGGAUUGCAGGAUACGGCUUUGGUCAUGGAAAUGGAAAAGAAGAUGGCAGAGCUUUGGCGGCGUGUGAUUCCUCAUAACAUUCGAGAGCUCACGCCCGAAACCAACUUCUUCGAUGUGGGAGGGACCUCGAUCCUGCUUGUGAAAUUGCAGGCCCUGGUGAAAGCCGAGCUGAAUUCGGCACCACUUCUGGUCGAUUUGAUGAAUUUCAGCACCCUGGGAGGGAUGGCGAAGAUUGUCAAAGCUUUCACUGGAGCACGUGUCAUUGACUGGGAGACAGAAACCAGUGUGCCAGAGUGUCUGAAUCGACUCGGCAAGGAAAUCUCAUCGCGGCCCAGGAAUAGCUCGAAUCUCACUGUCGUCUUAGCAGGCGCAACAGGCUACCUAGGCCGCCAUCUCCUCCGUCGCCUUAUCGACACCCCACAGGUUGGAGAGAUUCUCUGUCUUGUCCGGGACGAGACCACCGCAUUAGCCUCGCUCUCCUCGCCCAGCGGCAAGGUCAAGUUCGUUCGUGCCGAUCUGUCUCAGCCGAACCUCGGUCUUUCGUCCACCGGAUUGGCUGCUCUUGGAGAGAAGGCAGAUGUAGUCGUCCACUGCGCCGCCAACCGCUCUUUUUUCGACAGCUACGAGACCCUGCGACCCGUCAAUGUCGAGUCCGUCAAAGAGCUCGCCCGGCUUGCUCUCACCAAUAACGCGCUCUUCCACAUAGUCACCUCCGGCGCCGUCCAGGUUUACGAUGGCGCGGCCCCGCGCACAGACGGCAGUGAUGGCUAUGUCGCCAGCAAGUGGGCCGCAGAGACGUUCCUGCGCAAGGCCGCCCGCCUCGGCCUGCAGGUCAAUCUCCACCGGCCGCUUCCUGCUUCGGAAGACGAAAAGGCAUCCUCGGAUGUCACGGCCCCGGCGGUUUUGGACGAGCUGCUAAGCAUUAUCCGCCAGCUCGGCACCAGGCCAGACUUCUCUGCCGUCAGUGGCUAUCUGGACGUAGCUCCAGUAAAUCAGGUGGUGGGCGACAUGGUUGCGUCCAUUACGAGCGCCGGCGGAGAAGCUGGCAGCGUGGAAGUCUUGACGCAUAAUGCCCGCCUCCGGUUGCAUGUCAAGGACUUUGCUGAUUAUGUUGACAAUAAUGAUGAACUCAAGACAUUGCCAAUCACGAACCCCUUGUACUGGUUCGCUGACGCCAAGAAGGCUGGGUUUGGAUACUUUAUGACCUCGCACCAUUUGGUGAUGAGUUCCAAGGAUGGGAAACUAGUUACAAGGCGCUGAUCUAGUAUUGACGGAGCAUGUUUUGGGUCAGGUUUUUUUUGUUUUGUUUUUUAAUUAUUGUUUUUGUUCAUGUUAUUAUCUCUCUUGUACAUAAGAUAUACCUGGCGCACGUGGCAUCGUAUUGGAGAUUCUUUUGUCUUUUGUCUUUGUCUAGCUAUUCUUCUGUACUUAUAUCCCCCAGGUCAUUUCUCGUUUUUCAAGGUCGUCUUAAUUAGGGAGGCUUAAUUUCUUUUCUUCCACCCCAUGAGAACCGCUUCAGCGUGUUUCGCCGUCGAGGAGAUUUUUAUAUUUCUUGACGGAGCUAACAGAUUUUGUUCCCGG